AUGGCACUUCUUGAUGUCAGUGGAUUUAAGUCUCAGUCGGAGCUAGGAGCUUUCAGAACUGAAUCGUUGCAACAGUGGAACAGAGCAGAUCACUUUACUUUUGGGUCUAAGUGUCAAGAAUUUGCCCUUCCUGUUGGAGUAGAUGCUGUUGGAUUUCUGAAGUCAUGUAGUGGCGAGAACGGUGUGUCUAUAGACCUGAACCAUGGGACAACAACGCUGGCUUUCAAAUUUCGCCAUGGUGUCAUUGUUGCUGUUGACUCUAGAGCCUCUGCUGGGCGCUACAUAGCAUCAAAGGAUGUCAAUAAGGUGAUAGAGAUAAACCCUUACCUUCUGGGGACCAUGUCUGGCAGUGCUGCAGACUGUCAGUACUGGGAGCGGCUGCUGGCCAAGGAGUGCAGGCUUUAUAAGCUCCGCGAUAAGGAGAGGAUCUCAGUGUCUGCUGCUUCUAAGCUGCUGUGCAAUAUGAUGCUGGGAUACAGAGGCAUGGGUCUCUCAGUGGGCAGCAUGAUCUGUGGAUGGGACAAAAAGGGCCCAGGUCUCUACUAUGUGGAUGAUAAUGGUACCCGCCUCUCUGGACGCAUGUUCUCCACAGGAUGUGGAAAUGGCUAUGCGUACGGCGUGGUGGACAGUGGCUACCAUGAGGACAUGACUGUGGAAGAGGCCUAUGAGCUGGGCCUACGGGGUAUUACCCAUGCCACACACAGAGACGCCUACUCUGGAGGAGUGGUCAACAUGUACCACAUGCAGGAAGAUGGCUGGAUUAAGGUGUGCCAGGAGGAUGUGUCGGAGCUCAUCCAUCGCUACAGGAAAGGGAUGUUCUAA